AAUUAACGCCUCCUGCUUGAAAUGGCCCAGCAACAAGCUCCAGCUGAAGAACGGGUCGUGGCGUCUUUUCCCGACCCUCCCGCCUCCCUCUACAAGCUCUACACCGACGAGAACGUGCGCUCUGGAGCAGCGCCCAAGCCGCCGCCUCCCGCGAAGGGAAAAUACUACAUGUUCGGCUGCCCGUUCGACACAGAGGAUGCCAUGAUCCGUCCAGUGGAGGAGCAGGGGUUGGAGAGGCUCUACCCUGAUAACUAUGAUCGAAAAGCAGAGCUGAAGAAACUGAACCGCUCCAUCCUCAUCUGCUUCCUGGAGCUCCUGGACAUACUCAUCAACAACCCAGCAUCACCUGCUAGAGAGCAGAAGAUCAAGGACCUGAGUGUCCUGUUCAUCAACAUGCACCAUCUGAUCAACGAGUUUAGACCUCACCAGGCGAGAGAGACACUGUGUGUCAUUAUGGAGAGACAGAGGAAACAGAGAGAGGACAUGAUCAUACAAGUCCAGAGAGCGACGGACAAAGCUCACUCCAUUCUGAAGGAGUGUGCAGAGAAUCUGGGCCAGGCAGUGGGCUCGCUGCCUCCCUCUGACCCAGCUGCCAGACAGAACACCUCCAAUCAGGAUGACUCCAUGGACACAUCUCCCUCUAAUACGGUUCCAGGAGGGUCGUCUGGAAUCAGGACCGGCAGUGGAGGAGGCGGAGCUUCGUCUCUGGUCCAUUCCCAGGACUUGGAACUGUGUAGUCUCAUAGAUCAACUCAUUGGAACGUGACAACUUCUUUUGUACAUCACCACAUUGAUAUUCAUGAGUGUAUCACAGUCAUCCGUGCCAGUGCUUAUACAUUACAUUAGACUUUGACAGUAAAGUAUAUUAUUAUGGAUAUGCUCAUUAAAUCUGGACUGUGACGGUGACAAAGAAAAGGUGAGUCAAUGUUUCUUGAGGUAGGUCUCCUGGAGGUCGGAGUGCAAGUCUUUGCCGGCCUCCAGAGGAGCAGUGAGGAGUCUGGCUGCCUCAGACUGGCCAGCACUGUCCUCCUCUCUCCACUGGAGCAGCAGGGACGCCUCCCCGCUCAGGGUCUGCCUGAGGGACUCAAAUGACGGCCGCAACGACUUCUCUGGGUUCCUGAGACAUUGACAAUCACAUCAGAAAAAACACUUGGGUUAAAAGGGAAUAUAUACUUCUUGGAACAAACAGGUUUACUAGUGUGGGACUGCUAUACAUGCGCGAGCACACACAACUCAUAAAUAGCACAGGCCACAUUAAAGAGAAAUAAGGGACGAUAAGCUGUACACAUAUAUACCAGCAGUUUAUCAUUAGAGAGUAGAUGGCUCGAGGACACCCAGGAGGCGGGGCCAGCCUGUACCCCUCAGUCACCAAGUUCAUGACCUGAGAGUUGGUGUAGCCUUCAAAAGGCUUGUGUCCGAGACUCCAUAUUUCGUACAUGAGACACCCAAAACUCCACACGUCACUGGCUGUAGAGUACUUCUUGUAGUGGAGGGCCUAACAGGGGCAGUCCAUUUGACGGGAAUUUU